UCGUUAAGAGGUGGUGUAUUUGGACUACCAUGGCAUGGGCCGUAAGCAGGGUUGCCCACCUGCCACAGGUGGCUGUUCGCUUCGGCUUUAUGGUGUGGAGGCCGCUGUCACAUCGCCACAUGAGUGUCGCCUCUACAACCGGUUUUAAAGCGGUCGUUUUCGACAUGUACGGCGUUCUCAUUCCAUCACCCGUCCCCAAAGCAACAGAAUGGGAGGACAAGAACAGAGUCCCAAGAGGCACUAUUGGCAAAGCCAUCAGGACAGGAGGAGACAGUAACUCCUGGAGGAGGUUCAUGAGGGGGGAGAUAGACUCUGAAGAGUUUGUGAAAGCCUUCAGCCUUGACUGCAGUAAAAUUGUGGGGUCCCAGGUCCAUGUGGGGUCAUUUCUCUCAGCUCUGACUGACAGUAGUAUGAUGGAGCCUGUCCCCGUGAUGAUGGAGGCGGUGCAGUGUGUCCGCGCCGAGGGCCUGAAAACCGCCAUUCUCAGCAACAACUUCCUCCUGCCAGGGGGGCGGUCCUUCCUCCCUGUGGACCGCUCGCUCUUUGAUGUGGUGGUGGAGUCCUGUAAGGAGGGUGUGUGUAAACCGGAUGUGAGGAUUUAUCGUCUGUGCGCAGACAGACUUGGAGUGUGUCCACACCAGGCUGUUUUUCUGGACGACCUUCACUUUAACGUUGAGGCUGCCGCCCUGGUGGGCAUGCGUGGAAUCACGGUGAGAGAUCCGUUGUCAGCUGUGCGGGAACUGGAGCAGGUUCUGCAGUUCUCCCUGUCUGGGUUUGUUCCAGGAACUUGCUCAGUCAGACCGGGCUACGACCUCCCAGUGAAGGAAUUGAACCAGUACCUGACCCACACUGUUGGGCUGUCGGACCCAGACACUGUCACUCUACAACAGUUCAACAGUGGGGACUUGGGUGCCACUUACCUCCUGAGGACCAGGGGGCGCCGUCUCGUCCUUAAGAAGGGUCCACAGCCAGAGCCUCUGGGGAGGGAACACAGGCUUCUCAAAGCCCUGAAACAAGCCGAAGUUCCUGUCCCAGAGGUCAUUGCUCACUCUGAUGAUCCCAGUGUUUUGGGUGGUGAGUUCUACUUGAGGGAGUACUGUCCAGGUCGGGUGUUUUCUGAUCCCACCCUGCCGGGCUUGGGCCCUGAGCAGCGCAGGAUUGUGUGUGAGGUCAUGAUCCAAACACUGGCUCAGAUACACACAGUGGACCUCAGAACCAGCGGUCUGCAGGACUGCAGAGGUGAGUCAGUGGAGCAGUGUGUUGUCAGAUGGACAGAGCAGUACAGACGGAAUGAGACCCAGCCCAUCUCUGCCAUGGACAGACUGAUAGACUGGCUCCCACUGCAUCUGCCCAAACAACACACACACACGCUACUGCACGGAGACUACAGGCUGUGUAACCUGGUGUAUGGCUCAGAGAUGCCCGAGGUGAAGGCGGUGUUGGGCUGGGGAAAGGCCUCUGUCGGAGACCCCCUCAUGGACGUGGCCUCCGCCUGCUUAUCACUCUACACAUCCACCAACACACAGACCCACACAGGUACUGGUGUGAAGCAGCUUUCCAGUUUGGGCAUUCCCAGUCCAGAGGAACUGUUUGAGCUGUACGGCAGGUGCAGGCUGUUAGAGGAUGUGGCCGACUGGCGCUUCUACAUGGCCCUCUGCUGCUUCUGCCAGGCGAGCGCAUCACAGACGCUGCACAGACACUCGUUCACAGGUACAGACCAGAGCACAGACACC